CCCGACCACCAUGAAAGCUUCUCUCCCAGUUGGUCUUUGCAAUGUUGUCUCAAGCUCAUCUCAAAGGGAGAUUGAUCUACAAUGACAUCAUGAUUGCCUUGGAAAUGGUACAUCGCUUGAAGAAAAAGAGGCAAGGAAAUAAGGAUGAUAGUAUUCUUUUUGGAUCAGCCACGGAUACAGAAGCGGAGAGGAUCCUUGGUAUACUGAAGGUCUAUGAGCAGGUCUCAGGACAACAAAUUAUUUUAAGCAAGUCCUCUAUCUUUUUUAGCAGCGACCCAGGAAGCACUGCUAAAGAUGGGAUCUUUGUCUGUCGACCGAAGAGUUUACAAGUUUUAGGCUUUCGUGAUUUCCUGGCUGUUAUCUUAGCUAUGUUAGCAAAACAGGCAUGGCGUCUAGUACAGAACUCAGUUACUCUCUUUUAUCAGAUUCUUAAAGCUAAAUAUUUUAAGGAUAGGGAUCUCUUAGGAGCUUCAUUGGGAACAAAUCCCUCAAUGGUUUUGAGGGGUGUCUUGGUUAGCAUGGGAGUCUUAAGGCUGGGAUCUUGCUGGAGAAUUGGCAAUGGACUCAAUGCCAGAGUAUGGAGAGACAACUGGAUGCCGAGUAAUGAUAAUCCUUUUCCCAUAGCAAUGCCGAGAGAAUGGGACCUAACAGAAAGCUCUCCGAUUAACCUAGGAACCAUUAAGUGGAAUGAUGGAGAAACUCCAGUUGGUGAUGUUGCGAAGGUUAACACUGAUGCAGCCUUGCCCAGCGACCAAAAUCCAUUUUUGCAAAGGGCAUCUUCAUUCAGUCGGACUGCUUUGCAAGGAGAGCUUAUGGCAGUCGACUUUGCCACGCAACUUGUUGCUGACAAUAAGGCCAAGCAAUUUGAGUUUGUUUCAUGUUUCUUUCAUCAUGUUAAGCGAGACUAUACCAGGCUAGCUCAUGGUUUAGCAGAACUGAUAUCUCCUCCUCCGCACCAGGCCUCUUGGGCCACUUGGAAGGAGCACCCAAUGGCAAUGGUCAAGGUUUGAACUAUGGCAGUGCAUGCUAUAAUGUUAUAAUUCCCCAUUCUCUAUCCCAUAAUUAUAUCUGUUCAAAACAAAAAGAAAAAGAAAGAUAUCUACUCCGCCGUAGGAGGGAGUUUAGUUUGAAACACUCUCCAGUGCUUUAUGCAAGAAUGUCAGUCUCGGUAAUGGCUGGCACAGCUUGGUACAUACCGGUUUUGACACAAAUUCUGUACAUAAAUACCCCAAUACCGU